ACAGCAUGGAGAAGGAAGACUUGGUUCUUGUUGGGUUUGUUGCGGCGGCACAUGCAUGGCAGCUAGGAAUGGCGGCGACAGAGGUAGCAGUGUUGAGAAGAAAGCACAAGAUUUCACCUCCCACCACUGAUGGACCACCUGAUUUUAUAAGGGCUCUUAGAGCACAGCAAAAUGGUUUAGAAUUCGGAGUAAUGUUUGAAGCAAUACUUUGGACAGCUGGUAUAUUUGGACAUCAAAUUCCUGCUGCUGUCUUAGGUACCUAUUAUUUGGUAGCUCGACAUUUUUAUGUGAAAGGCUAUAUUCAAGAUGCAGAGAAAAGAAAGAAACCAUUUUACCACAGUGUGCAUGCAUUAAAGGGUUUGUUUGCCUUAACGUUGCUAGGUAUAGGUAACGUGUGUCUCAAACAGUUCGCUGAUGUAGACGUCGUUCCUAUGAUCAAAGAUCGAUUCUUCCCAUCUUGAUUUUAUCAACACGCGGUCAACAUACCGCUUGUUUGUUUCUCAGGACAGAACAAAUAUAUUUUUUAUUUGAAAAACACAUUGUUACUAUUUAAAUAGUUACAGUUAUUUGGGAGAAAUCAUUUACAGGAGUUUUUGAUACUGCUUUUGUGUGUGUUGUUUCACACAAUAAUUUUAGAUGUAUUGAUGUUAUUAAUUUUUUUACCAACUUGAACUUAUAUGGAUAAAUAUUGCAAUGUUUGUAAUAAAAUGUCAAUAAAUUUGAGUCCUUU